GGAGCGCUGUAUCACGGCCAGCCUCCCAGCUGUGACUCGCUGUGAUUUCCUUUUCUUCUUCUUCUUCUUCUUCUCCUCCCCACGCUCACCCCCCCUCCACCCAUCGCCGUUACUCCCAGUAGGGCCCCGGCUGCCGCCGCUGUCUCCCGUAAAGAUGGAGCUCCGGACGAUCAUACCCGCUCUGCUCUUCGUCUCUGCCGCCUGUCUGCAGUCGGUGUCCGGCGCGGCAUCACGGAGAGGACCGAACGUCACCGAGAAGGUGUUUUUUGACAUCACAGUGGCGGGUCACGAGGUGGGGCGGAUCGUCUUCGGCCUUUUUGGGGAGGUUGUCCCACUCACUGUCAGUAACUUUGUCGCCCUGGCAACUGGAGAGAAAGGUUAUGGCUACAAAGGGACAAAGUUCCACAGAGUCAUCAAGGACUUCAUGAUCCAGGGAGGAGACUUUACAGCUGAAGAUGGAACUGGAGGUCACAGCAUCUAUGGAACGACUUUUGCAGAUGAAAACUUCAAACUGAAGCAUUUAGGAGCCGGCUGGGUGAGUAUGGCGAAUGCCGGUCCGGACACCAACGGAUCGCAGUUCUUCAUCCUGGCUACCAAAGCACCGUGGCUGGAUGGGAAACACGUGGUUUUUGGCAAAGUCCUGGAUGGGAUGUCUGUGGUUCACACCAUCGAGCUCCAGGACACCAACGACAGGAACCUGCCGUACACCGAGUGUGUGAUCGUCAACAGCGGCAGGAUCCCCGUCAAAGAGCCCUUCGUGGUGGAGGUGGAGGGCUGGUAGAUACCACUGUUAGAUGGUUUACUGUAGAGCAAAGACACUAUGUGAUUAUUUCUGGUGAGCAAUCAGAAGUCCAGUUUGCCAAAUUCACAUUCUCAUAUUAUCACCAACAUGCUAGCAACUAGGGCUGGGUUUUUGUUUGAAAUGUUUUGAUUCUCUAUGCUCAAGUGAAAACCUUCUAUCUCCAAAAUUACCACUUUUUUAGGAUUGCCACGUUUUGAACUAGAUUCAAUUUCGACGACAAAGCAACUUUAGAAUCAGCAGAUUUGGGCUUUUUUAUUUUUUAUUUUACAACCAAAAGGUUUUAAAAGGAUUCAUGAGCCUUAAGCCAUGCUUUUAGUUGUAUAAAUCUAGUCAGAAAGUCUCUUAGUUGGCAACACUGAUUAUGUUUAUUUAUUUGUAAUGUACCCUGUGUAAAAGGACCAGUCAUAGAUGAGCAUGUGAAACAAACGCCAAAACACACUAUAUGCAGAGAGAAUUCAUCAAGUUCACUGUGGUUCAUGCUAACUUUUUUAUGUUAGCUGGCAUACUUGCGUAUUUAGUGGAUGGUGCCAGUUAGCAUCCUCCCUAAAAUUCUGUAUCAAACUAAAUAAUGAACUGUGCUUUAAACAUGACAAACAUCAUGCAAACUUGAAUUUACAGAACUAUGUAGCUCCUCUUUAAUCUCUAAUUGCCAAAAUCAUUCUCUAUUUGUCAUUUGCUUGCAUUUGCUAUGCAACUAAUAAUAAUAUCUUCAUUUCAAUUACUGUUAACAAACAUAUGCAAAAAAAGACGUACUGUAGCAAGCGUCAAACGCCAUUCUUGCACUUUAUCUUUCCAUCGUUGAAAUGAAGAUUUCCUUUCUCCUGUUGUCAUUAAAUUGAGAUAUUGUCUUCCUGAUGCUUUAUGAACCAUAUCAUGUUUGCAAAAACUACAGCACAAAUUGCACAGGAAGGAAAAUUAAGUGUGGAAGUGUGUGUGUUAAUACUGUAGCUGUCCCCUCAGUAAUGAUUUAAAUGCUGUACUUUGUGUUAGCGGUGUGUUGUAUCUAUCUGACUAUGACCAGAUCAGUGAACUAAUUCUGACUGUAAAUGUCAUUGUUCUUUUAAUGUUGUGGUUGUGAUUUCUGUUAACCCGAAACUGUCACGGUAGCGUAAUAAUCCAGGAAGGUUAUGACUGAUAAUCUUCAUGUCGCUCAAGUAAAUGCAGCAUUUAAAACCUCUUCACCAAACAUAUCAGGAGUUUUGUUUUCAUUAUUUAUAGUAACAGCAGAAGAAGAGUGCCAACAUGUGUGUUUUAUACAAUAAACAAUAUGCUGUUGCAAACAAA